AUGGCCAAGGCGGCAACUCCGACCCGGCUGCCACCGCACGUGGCCGCGACGAUCAUGCGCUUUGUGGACACUUCGACCACGCUGCUUGCGGUGCUCGAUGCGCUGUCCAGUGCGAGCCCGUUCUUCAUUGCGCUGCGGGCGCUGGCGACCGUCGUGCCACCGUGGAUGCUUUGGCGUGUCCUCGACGUUAACGUCGCUGUGCCAGCGUCGCGCGCGCACCCCGAGCUCUUCAAGUGCGUCCUUGCUGGCCAUCCGAACGUCUUUAUGGACGUGUCCGACGCGCCAAAGUACGCUCGCAUGCUCUUGCCCGAGGCCAAGCUCACAAUGGUCGAGGACGCGUGCGACCUCGCGAAGCUCGAUCGUGACCUCUUGGCGCAAGUGACCACCUUGUUUGUCUUUGAUAUCCGGUCGCUUCCGAAUGUCGUCCAACUGCUGGCGUACAUGCCACGUCUGCGCCUCGAGUUGAACGCAAGCGAGCUCGAGGACGACGCUGCUGUCGCCUUCUUGCUUGCCAACACAUCGGCCAAUGUGCGCUGCAUGGAAAUGACACUGCCGACCGAGUGGUUCAAGAUGACCGAGGCGACGGCCAUGUGUGUCGCGACGGUGCUCCCGACGUUGCCGUUGACAGCGUUGACGUUCAAGUGCAUGCUGGCGUCCGAGGACAGCGCCAAGGGGCUCCAUGACGCGCUGCAGUCGAUACCGACGCUUCGCAAACUCCGAUUUGAGUUUCCGAGCUCACUCGCCUGUGGGUUUGCAGCCUGCGCCGCAAGCAAGACGACCGCGUUUCCGCAGAUCACCGUCUUCCCAAUGCUUGGCUCCAUGGGCCACUUGCACGACUUGCAUAUCGACCUCGGUUCGCCCUUGGACGACGAAGGCUUCGACGUGCUCAUGACCAUCGUCGAGGCGCUGCCGCUGCACUCGCUGAGCCAAAUCGGACUACUCUCGAGCCGGGUGCGCGUCAUUGCGUUCAAGAGCGCGCUCUCCACGCAGAGCACGGUGCGAACGCUGAGCUUGGACUUUGUAUGGCUCAAGCCGGAAGGUCUCGACAUCCUCGCCAGCCUCAUCAUGCCCCACAUUGAGCACCUCGAUCUCUGCUACAACUAUCUGACGGACGACAACAUCAUGCUGCUCGUUGGAUUGGUCGCGGCCUCCAACCUCCGGUCGCUUUGGCUCGCGAGCAAUGAUCUCUCGGUAGCAGGCAAAGAGAAGUUGCGCCGCUACGUGCUGACGUUGCCACGCGGCCCGUGCCACCUUCGGCUCGACGAAGCCGACGCCUUUGACUGGUAG